AUGGCGACCACACUUAGGCCUUCUGCUUCCACCACGGCUUUCACUUUCCUCGAUAGAAAGUUGGAAGCGCCCGAUGUGAGGGCUGCUACGACACUCUCGCAUUCAACUACCAACCUGUCGGGCGAAUCCUUGCCGUAUUGGCUGGUCAACGUCCCUCCCGACAGAUGGCCGGUUGAAUGCCCUAGCUUUCUCCGUGAUAUUUGUGAGAAGAAUAUCCAAAUACUGUCGAUUCCCGAUGAACAAUAUGAGAGACAAGGGUGGGAACUAGUGAAGGAGAUCGUCCGAACCAAUCAAAUCGAUCGCUUCCAACGCCUUCCCAGCGAUUUGCGAAAGUACCUCGAAUACAAGGAGUGGAUUGUCGCCGAGUAUGGAUCAGUCAUGCGGUUUGUUGUGAAGAAGCGACUACGCUGGGGAGAAGGCAGUCCCGACGACCUUAAGCCCAGAGGGCGUCCGUUUGAGUUUGACGAGGAUACUCGAAUUCUAUACAACGACUGGCCGUACGGAAUCGAGAAAGAUAUCGUCCAUUUAGUGGUGUGGACCAAGUUCGAGCUGGAAGAUGAUCCGGUGACCGACGACCUGACACCGCGGGCUAGACAAGAGAUUGAUGACUAUGUAAAGAAGACGUUCUGCUCGCGAGUACCAUCAGAGAAAGUCAUCUGGUUCAAGAACUGGAAGUCUCUCAAGUCAGUGCAUGCGGUAGAACACUUCCAUGUCAUGUUAUAUAAACCGGAUCCAGAAUUCAUGAAGGAAAUCACUGGAGGGGAUAUGCCGAUGGUUGCAAGGAUGUGA